GUAAUUCUUCAUCGUGUCUUUUUCCACAACAUCCGCCAUCAUCAGCUGUGGGGGGAAAAAAUGAACUUCAUUUGUCCCACGUCCAGCGGCGUCAAGUGUAACGGCGAGUAACACGGAACGAGGCCGGAACACGGGUGGAGCACAAAGAGAGAUCUCUCCAGCCUGGUGGAGGUGCCGGGGCCGCAGCUAUGUAUCGAAGGAGUUACUGUAUCUGUGGUGGAGACGGAAACAAAGAGGAAACCCAGGGGACGUGCCGGGGGCCCUGUGUGCUCCAUACCGUGUCCCAUUAGACGUGACAGGUGAUGUAUUCUGCGAAGGGGCAAAAACAAACUACUCAGCAAAAGCAGUGAAACGUGCAGCUGGAGUGAGACGGUCUUCUGUGCACGAGAUUGCUACAUGCUCUCCAUCUCCGGGGGUAAUGUCUGAGCCCCGGGUGGAAUGAAGAGGUGGCAGACGGGACAGUUCACAUUCAGCGAAGCUCAAACCCCAACUCUGACUGUUGCUUCAGGCCGAGUGGUUACGUAACAGGCCCUGGAACAAGAGAAGACGGCAGUUCGGUACAAACUGGAUUUGAAAAGGGAAAGAAGACAAAACACCAGUCACUGACAAAGAAUGUUCCAGGAGUCUACACCCACGCGGGCCGAGAAAGGUCUCUCUCUCUCUCUGAGAUCAUUUCAGAUGGUUCGGGACGGGCGCUUUCACUCUGGGCCCCACAAGAGACUCGACCGAGAUGAAUCCAAUUUUGUAACAGGGGGAAAAAAACUUCUUCAUUCUGAUCCACCCGUAAGCGACGCCGACUUGAUCUUUGCCCCCUUCACUCGGCCGGUUCACUCGGAGGAGGAGAAGUUCUCUGUGCGCGGCGGCGGCGUCGGUGGGAACAGGUCGUGUCGUCGUCGGACCCUGAAGAGCGUCACGUCAAGGAACUGCUAAGCUGCUGGCCGUCAUGGCGACCAUCGUGAUGGAGCGAAUCGGGCGGGUGUUCAUCAGCCUGCAGCAGAUCAGGCAGGUGCCCCGGAUGCUGAACGAGGCCGCGCCUUCCAUGCCCGGCACCGUGAGGGACACCGAGGUCCCGCUCUACUUCCGGGACCACCACGUCUGCACCGGCUACCGCCCGCUCGACCAGAACUGGCGCUACUACGCCCUGUCCUUGUUCCAGCGCCACAACGAGACCAUCAACGUCUGGACUCACCUGCUGGCGUUUCUCGUCCUCCUGGUCAAACUGCGGCAGCUCGCCGAGGUCGUGGACUUCGCCGGCGACCCGCACGCGUGGCCCCUGCUGGUCCUCAUCCUGUCCUCGCUGACCUACACGGGCUUCAGCGUCGCCGCCCACCUGCUGGGCAGCAAGUCUGAGCUGUGUAACUACACCUUCUUCUUUCUGGACUACGUCGGGGUGGCGCAGUACCAGUACGGCAGCGCCAUCGUCCACUUUUACUAUGCCGCGGACGAGAGCUUGCACGGACACGUGCGCCGCAUCUUCAUGCCCGCCGCCACCGUCCUCAGCUGCCUCUCGUGCCUCGGCUGCUGCUAUGGCAAAUAUUGGAACCACAGCCGGUCAACGUGGGUGCGCAAGGUGUGCCAGGUGCUGCCCUCGACUAUCGCCUACCUCUGGGACAUCAGUCCCGUGGCACAGCGGCUCCUGUCCUGGUCCACUUCCAGCAGUGACCCGGCCCUUCCCUAUCACUUUGGCCAGGUGGCCUUCUUCCUCAGCUGCGCCGUGUUCUUCACCUUCCCCGUGGUCGAGCGCUGCCUCCCCGGACGCUGCGACUUCGUGGGCCAGAGUCACCAGAUAUUCCACGUCUUCCUCUCCUGCUGCACCCUGUGUCAAAUUCACGCGUCCCACCUCGACUACGUGGGCCGCAGGGCGCUGUACUCCCGUCUGCACGGCGGUGGCGAGGUCGCGCUCUUCGCGGGACUCUAUGUGGUCACCUUGGUCGCGUGCGCGCUGAUCGCCGCCUUCAUGCUGAGGAAAGUCAAACAAGUGAUCGACUUGAAGAGCAAGUCCAAAUAAUAGAUUGGCUGUUGCAGGAGCCGCUGGAUAUGCAAAAUCAUUCGUGUGCCUUUUCAUUCCAGAGAUAUACUGCCUCGAUAGAAAGGGAACUACAUGACGAUACGAGGAGUUAGUAAAGUUUUACUCAGAUGCUCAGAAUCAUUGUUUGUCACAUGUUAGUAAAGGCUGCGCUUUCAGACAUUCAGACUAUCACAAUGUGGAUAUGACUGCCCACAUUUUAUAGAUGCUCACAUCGUAACUAAUGAUACUCUUCAAAAAUAGAUGACAGACAGUUAACAAGCAGCUUUGUUAAUUUAUUUUAAAAUAUCCUACAACAUUGCAAAUACUGUAGAUAUUAGGUUUUGUUAUCGAUAUCAUAUCAUUAACCCUCUUGUGCAAAAACUACUACGUAAGUACAGAUUUUAUAGAAACAUCAACAAGUGUAUUAACAGUGCUACAACAUGUGUGGUGCCUUUGCCGCUGUGCCUCCAGAGACCAGUGUUUGCAGAUCUAUUAGUAAAAUUGAGCAUAAUGCUGAUUAAUUAUUGCAAUAACAAUGUGCUGUUCCUCGCCCUCGAAAUGCCGUCAGUUGAUUACACAGUGUUUCAACUCGUCAGAGGCCGAAGCCUUAGGUCAUGUGAUUGAGAUGUUUGUCGUUGCCACUUGGAGACUUGAACACUUUUUUAAAGUUGUUGAUCAAGUUUGAUAUAAUAGCUCAUUUAUUCAGAUAUGAGUUUAAAUACUGUCUGUAUUUAAGAAAACUAGAUAUUUUAAGAGCAUUUUUAAUAUAUAGUGAAAGGUUUUAACUUUUAAAGAUAUUAAUCUUAUUUUAGGGGGCGGCACGGUGACACAGUGGUCAGCGCCGUCGCCUCACAGCAUGAAGGAGACAGGUUCUUGUUUCGAAUCCAGGUUUUCGGAACCAACAAUCCAACGGGCCUUUCUGCGUGUGCGUGGGUUCUCUCCGGGUUCUCCAGCCUCCACCCCAGUCCAAACACAUGCAGACCGGGGUUAGGUUCUGUCUCGGUAUUUUGGCCCUGUGAUGGGAUUGUCCCCAGCCGCCCUGGGACCCUUAAAAAGGAUAAAGCAGUAAUGACGAUGGAAUGGAAUCUUAUUUUUGAUUGUUUGUUCUAUAUACUGUGUAUGAGGAUGUCGGCAAUCACUGUGAUGUGUCCUGCAGGCGUUUUUUUUCCCACCGCAGACAUUUUGACAAGUCAUAAUAAGUAACGCACACGUGUCACUGAUAAAAAAAAAGAACAAUGACUGUAAAUAAUGACUGUGACUGUGAGCCAACGUGUGCAAUUCCAGGACUCCCACACUGAAGCAAGUAGAUUCAAUUUUUAUUAUUCACACCUGAGCUGCUCCUACUGUGACAUGUCCACAUGUCUGCUGUGAAACGCUCUGAUGAUGAUUUUUUUGUGUGGCUUCUGAGUCAUUAGGGAAAAGUAAGUGUGCGUGUCCCAUGAAUGUAGGUACCGUGAGAAUGUCUGUCCUCUACUACUGACCAAGAUGUGAACAAAAGGAAUGGGAUUGAGUUAAAUAAAAACAUUUUCCUGUGACAAAAACUA